CCAGCGGGCGCUGUGGCGCCGCGGCGGAGCCCAUAAAAGGCCGCGGCGGCACCAGCCGCGUGUCUCGGUGUGUGCCGGUGUGCGUGCGUGCCAGUCUGCCUGCCCUGCCUGCCUACCUGUCCGCCCGCGGUAUGCUGGCGCUGAGCGCCGCCCGCCGCCUGCUUCGUCCGCCCGGGGACCUGCUGCCGCCGCUGGGGCUCGCGUGCAUGUGGGCGGCCGGUGCCCGUGGUUGCUGCGGGGCCGGCGCCAGCCCGCCGAACCCGGUGGUAUACUUGGACGUGGGCGCUGAUAACCAGCCGCUGGGACGCGUCGUGCUGGAGCUGAAAGCUGAUGUGGUUCCAAAGACAGCAGAAAACUUCAGAGCUCUUUGUACUGGUGAAAAAGGAUUUGGGUAUAAAGGAUCCACUUUUCACAGAGUGAUUCCUUCAUUUAUGUGCCAGGGUGGUGACUUUACAAAUCAUAAUGGAACUGGUGGAAAAUCCAUUUAUGGCAGUAGAUUUCCAGAUGAAAAUUUCAUACUCAAGCAUGUAGGACCUGGUGUUCUUUCUAUGGCCAAUGCAGGACCCAAUACAAAUGGAUCUCAGUUCUUCAUCUGCACUGCAAAAACCGACUGGCUAGAUGGAAAACAUGUUGUUUUUGGGCAUGUAAAGGAAGGAAUGGAUGUCGUGAAAAAAAUUGAGAGCUUUGGUUCCAAGAGUGGAAAGACCUCCAAAAAGAUUGUCAUUACUGACUGUGGCCAGCUGUCCUAGCCUUUUGCCCUACCAUUCAGGACAACUUUGAUGCUGUGAAAAAUGAAUCAUAAAAACCCCCAAACAUUUCUGAUCCCAUGAGUAGCACCUAUGGAACCAUAUUUUCUAUUUAACUUGGUCCAACUUCUAUAUUUAUAUUGAAUAAUACUGAUUAACAGAAUAAAACAAUGUUUUAACUGAGCUACCUUGGUAGUCACACUGAUUUGGUAGAGUCCCAUUGCGUUUUGAAAGAAGCAGUACAGUCACCCAGAACAUAUCUGACAGCUGCCUUGAUACUGUUCUUAAUAUGUUUCAGGUGUUAGAAUUGGUGGUGGAGUUGACAACUAAGUGUUCUAUAGUUGGGAAUUAGAUAUAAAUUGAUAAAUACCGUGUUUCCUUUGGUGCUAAUAAACGUUUUUCUGUUGUUCAUCUCAUCAUUGUGAAAAAAAAAAAAUACUAACUAGUACUCUCAAGGCUGUCUGUACCAUGACUGUCCGACGUUUUCUUUCUGUGUCUCUUAAGUCUAUUCAAUAGAAUUUGUGUGUGGUUGUGGGUUUUUUAAAAUUAAUUCUGUUUUAAACUUUUUUCUUUUUUUUUUCUUUUCUGUUGUCUCAGACCACUGUUUAAAACUGGAGUCUACCUUACCUCGCUUCAGUGGAGCAAUUUGACUGUUGGGUUAGGUAAAUUGCUUUAGGUUGAGUUAGCCUACUACUAGAGCUCUACCUGGGCAGUAAGACCACAAAUUAGCCAAAAGAUCAUGGGGCUUUUUUAUUAUGCAACUGUGAACUUACUUGAAGUGCAGUUCUACUCUGAGAUCUGGUUCUGUGAGGAGCACAGCACAGUUCUCAAUAGAUAGCCUGUUUUUGCACUUUGAGAAUAUAAUCAGAGUCUAGUGAGCUUGCUUGAGUGAGAAAUAGGUUUCAUUGUUUUUUUGUCCUGUUGGUCCUGUGAAGGCAGGGUAUCACUUGGAUUAUGAUUUCUUCUCAUGCAUCAUCAUCAGAAGUCAAAACUGGUCAUCAGAAAUCACAAGGCCUGAUUGGCACAGCAAAAUCAUCAUUGUUGGGGUUGAUGCACGAGAAGGAAAGAAUUCAGCUGAUCAGGUAAACACAUUUCGUUUGUAUAAACUGGUAUAUUUUAUGUGGAGUGUUUGAGCAGUAACAAGUGUUGGAACCACACAACAUCACUUUUAGAAUCGAAAGAAAGUACUUAGUGUUUAGAAAGUAUUAAUGCUUGUGGGAAAAAGCACUUGACUGUUUUUGUGCAAUAAUCUUGCUACUGAGAAGAAAAGUAAUGUGAUGGCUCUCUUCAAAUGUGAAUUUACUUCUGUUGCGUUCUGAUAAUAUGUGGGUCUAAAACUAUUUUGCGCUGUAUUUUUUUUUCCCACUGAGGGCAGCAUUCUUAGGUGUAUGAGAGAGAAUUCAGAGUGUAAUUUUGCAGAAAAUGGGAUUGAAAAGCUUUUUAUUCUUUCCACUAUAGCUGUUUCAUCUUUCUUUGUAGUAUUUUUGAAAUAUUAGUUUGUGCUCGUUUGGCUUAUUUCAGUUUGCUAGAAUUAUGAUUAUUUUUUUGUGUUUGUUUUCUUAAUUUGUGUAUGAAAAAUAAUUAAAUACAGUUCUAUCACAAAGAAA